GAUGGGCAACGUCCCCUGGGAAGAUCAGGAUAUACACGCACAAAAUGUCAAAUACAAUUUAUACAAACUUGCCUCAAUUUGUCGUUGACCAUAAUAAAUGGCGUUUCUCACUCCUUUGUCAACUUAUCCUGACUUUCUUUAUGCUGGUAUCUUGCUCACUACUGGUAUUGCUUUUCUAGGACUACGCCAGACGGACUUUGCAACGUUUAUCAUACCGAAACAAUUAAAUGGACUGGGACCUGGCUUCCCUGAAAUUCAGUCUAUGAACAUGGAGAUUUCUAUUUGGGCGCACUUUGACAAGCCGUGGUGCUGGUCAUUCUAUACAGGUGCUUCCCGUGUUUCAUUACGGAUAUUGCGCCCUGCUUGCUCUUCACCUCAAAAGAGCGAGGCGACUGUUUUGGAGAUCUAACGCCGACAGCCAGUUCACCUGGGCCUAGAAAAUAUCAGUAGCCUAUGGGGCCAUUGGAGGCGAAGGUUUAUUAUAAAUCCCCCAAGGUGUUCACUAGAGGUAAGAGACAAAGCACCGGAGGAUAAGCCGAUUGUACGGGCUGAAAGCGCCCCCGGUUCAGAGGCCUAUUGAGUACCGACCGAUGAUCCUAUUUGCUAUCCGAAAGAUCUAUCCGCCACGGUUGGCCCCGAGUAGGAAGUGCGGAACAAAGCUAGAGUUCUGCUGCUCUCACUCAUUGAAGUUCUCAGGAACAAGGUUCAGUGGACCAUCCUCAAGCUUUGAUCGUAUGAGACCGAGUAAAGCAGCGGUUUGUUCUAGCAAUUGAGCGACGUUGGAGGCGAAACAGAGGUGGAUACAAUACAAUUGUGGAGACCCCACGAGGUCGCAGGGGUGUCAAUUCGAUGGUGCAAUCCCAACAAGACGUCGUGUAACAGGGGGCCCCUGUGGUAGAGCAGUCCAAAGCUAAAAGGAGCGGGACCCUCGACCAAAAGUUUUUUUUUUCUUUCACUCCUCACCUUCAACCUCACUCCGUCCACCACUCUUACUAGCACACAAACUGCUCGGGCACUUCAAUAACAAUCUCUCAAGCCACCUUUUUACUUGAAUUUAGCGACCCUUUCAACCCAUCCUAUAUUCAGAAUGCCUUCCACAUUCUUGUUCACUUCGGAGUCCGUCGGUGAGGGACAUCCCGACAAAAUUGCGUGAGUGGUCACCUAUCAUGCUCCUGUCGUUGCGGGUGGCCGUUUGCUAUUUCUGUGGAAUCUAACAGCGAGACAGUGACCAGGUCUCCGACGCCGUCCUCGAUGCUUGUCUUGCGGAGGAUCCCUUGUCGAAGGUUGGUUACCGCAUAAUUUUCUCGCCGUGACUCGAGUGCUGACGGUAAUUUUCAGGUUGCUUGUGAGACCGCCACCAAGACUGGUAUGGUUAUGGUCUUCGGUGAAAUCACCACCAGUGCGAGGCUUGACUACCAAAAGAUCAUCCGUGGCGCCAUCAAGGAUAUUGGAUACGAUGAUUCCAGCAAGGGCUUUGAUUACAAGACCUGCAACGUUCUUGUUGCCAUCGAAGAGCAGUCUAAGGAUAUCGCUACCGGUGUUCACAUCGACAAGGCUCUUGAAGAUCUAGGUGCUGGCGAUCAGGGCAUCAUGUUCGGCUAUGCCACCGAUGAGACCCCCGAGCUUUUGCCGUUGACUGUUGUGCUUGCACACAGACUCAAUGCCGACAUGUCUGCGGCUCGCCGUGACGGAAGCCUCCCUUGGCUUAGACCUGACACUAAGACCCAGGUCACUGUUGAGUACGAGCAUGAUGGUGGUGCUGUUAUCCCCAAGCGUGUUGACACUGUCGUUGUUUCUGCCCAGCAUUCUGAGGAUAUCACCACCGAGGAACUGAGAAAGGAGAUUUUGGAGAAGAUUGUCAAGAAGAGCAUCCCGGCCAAGUACCUGGAUGAGAAGACUAUCUACCAUGUUUGUCCCUCGUUCUUGAAGCUUAUUUGCUUGAUCGCUCACCCUCUAUAUAGAUUCAACCCUCUGGCCAAUUCAUCAUCGGCGGUCCCCAGGGUGAUGCCGGCCUCACCGGUAGAAAGAUCAUUGUUGACACGUACGGAGGAUGGGGUGCUCACGGAGGUGGCGCUUUCUCCGGGAAGGAUUUCUCCAAAGUCGAUCGCUCUGCCGCCUAUGUUGGCCGCUGGAUUGCUAAGUCCUUGGUUGCUGCUGGCCUUGCCAGACGUGCCCUUGUCCAGCUUUCCUACGCCAUCGGCGUCGCUCGCCCGCUUUCCAUCUUUGUACGUCAGCUAUCCUACCACUUCCCCUGAACAAUUUUUGACUGACAAUCCAAUAGGUUGAUACGUAUGGCACCUCCAACAAGACCAGCGAAGAAUUGGUGGAGAUUAUCAACAAGAACUUCGACUUGAGGCCCGGUGUGAUUGUCAAAGAGCUUGAUUUGGCCAAGCCAAUCUACUUCCAAACCGCAAAGAAUGGUGAGCUGCCCUCUGCUCUCGGCUUGUUUGAUAACUUUCUAACAUUCCCUCUCCAAGGUCACUUCACCAACCAGAACUUCUCCUGGGAGAAGCCCAAGAAGCUUGUGAUUUAA